AUGAUAUAAUAGAUUAAAAAAUAUAAUAAUUUAGAAGAAUUUAAAAGCUCUUCACUUUUAUCUCAUUAGGUUCUCCAUAUUGAUCUCUAAGAAAAUUAAAUGGGUGAUGAAGAUGCAUCAGGCUUAGGUUCUGCUUUAGCAAAUUGCAUUAAUCUCUCAAAUUUAACACUUGAUCUUAGUUACAAUUAAAUUGGUGAUGAAGGUGCAUCAGGCUUAGGUUCUGCUUUAGCAAAUUGCAUUAAUCUCUCAAAUUUGACACUUGAUCUUCGUGAAAAUUAAAUUGGUGAUGAAGGUGCAUCAGACUUAGGUUCUGCUUUAGCAAAUUGCAUUAAUCUCUCAAAUUUGACACUUGAUCUUAGGUAAAAACAGUUUAUUUGUUUUGGAUUGUGA